CAUAUAUAGAAAAUUUCCAUAUAUAUCUGUGAACAAUACCCAGAUACGCUCACUCUCUGUGACGCGAAGCUUCACUCUUCAACACACCAAACAGACAUGUCAGUCAGGCUCCUCACUGUCCUCUUCGCCCUCUCUUUCUCCUUCAUCACCAUCGCCCGUGGCGAUGAUUGCGUGUACACGGUCUACAUAAGGACCGGUUCGAUCAUCAAGGGCGGAACCGAUUCCAUCAUCAGUUUAACCCUCUACGACGUGUUCGGCGAGACGGUGGAGAUCACAGACCUGGAGGCCUGGGGCGGGCUGAUGGGCCCGGAUUACAACUACUUCGAGAGGGGCAAUUUGGACAUUUUCAGUGGGAGGGGUGAGUGCCUGAGCUCCCCAAUCUGUGCCUUGAAUAUCACAUCGGACGGGUCCAGUCCCCAUCACGGAUGGUACUGCAACUAUGUGGAGGUUACGGCGACCGGAGUACACACCCCCUGUACGCAGCAGCAGUUCACGGUGGAGCAGUGGUUGGCCCUUGAUACGGCGCCUUGGGAGCUCACUGCUAUUAGGAAUUACUGUCAGUCUGAAUUUGAUGGCCGCAAGAUCAAGAAGUCUUCUCUGAUCAGAUCGGUAGUGUGAUUUUUCAUAUUUUUGCAAGAAUAGUAAUAAUAAUCUGGUGUAUGUACUAUGAGUGAUUUAUCGGUGUAUCGUUUGCUGUGAUGUGAUGUGAUUCUUUAUCGGAUCGGAUCGGAUCACUUCUUUGGUCAACUGAGUAGCUAUCAUUAUGAUAAUAAUCGAGGCAUUUGAAUUUGAAAUGCA